UGCUUCUCCCAUUCGAAAAUCUCCAGUGUUUACAGUUCUUCUGGUUUAGUAUAUACUUCCAAGAUUGAGUGACACUCAUCAACGAGAGAAUCGUGUGGGUCCUCGAAAGUCUCCUCAAUCAUGACAAAAAGGUCAUCUGCGGCGGCUGUAGCAGCGGCUGCAGCAUCCCAGGAUGCAAACGCUACCUGGGAGCCCCUUCGCCUGACCCACCUGAAGCCCUCCUUCAACAGUCAGGAACUGGCCUUGGCAGCUCGUCAAGAUCUCUGGCACAAAUUCAUCAUCUUCGAUGCAGCAAACUACGAAAAUGAAUCAGUGAUGGAUGCGAUGAUCUCUGCGUGUCGUCCAGAGGUCCUCCUCCCAGUGAUGUAUAAAAUCGAAGACAUACGCAAUGGCACAUUCUUCUCAAAAUGCAGCAUUGCAGUGAUCGAGUCCCUAGUGCGUCAAGGUCUUCAGAUCUGCCUUCCAGACAAUCGGAUCCUGAAGAUUGACAUUAUUCUGGGAUUCAUCAGUAUGAACGAAUUGCAGAUAAAUCCUCACAAAAUGAUCACCGAGGUCCUGAUCAGUCGCUGGGACUCUCUGAAGAAAAUCCUCAACCUGGAGAACUUCAAGACAGACAAAUUCCUGGGAUCCAUGUACUGUCCCCUAUCACUUCCCACCGUUCUCAUCUUCGUUCUGCGAUGUGCAAGGAUGAGGAUUGGAAAUACUAGAGAGAAAUUUGAGAACACUAGACUACCAGUUCGUGAGCUCAAUCUAAAGAACAAUAAACUCACUGCAGUAAUGUUGUACGAGAAAGCUUUUAAUUACACUCUGACAAAACUCGACCUGAGUUACAAUAAAAUAGAGAACGUCGAGUUCCUCAGAUAUUUCUCAGAAUUCAAAAUCACGGAGCUCUGGUUGGAUGGUAAUCCCCUCUGCACACUCUACAAAUCACCAGAGGAGUAUAUUCAAGCUGUCAGAAAAAUAUUUCCUCAUGUGCAAAAACUGGACGGAGUCAUCAUCGAUAUUGAACAAAAACAGCCAAUUCCUGUGACUCAGCCGUGUUUCCUCUUCGAUAAUUCAAGGCUGAGUCUCGUCAAGCAAUUUGUCAAGCAUUAUUUUACGUUGUUCGAUCAGAAAGAUCGCAGUGUUUUGAACGGUUUAUACGAUGCUAAUGCCUAUUUUUCAACAACUUGUGGACACAUCGCAAAUCCUCGACACCGACAGCUCACUAGGAUUCUGGCAAUCAACAGAAAUCUUUUGAAACUCGUUGACUACUCCAGGGGCUACAAGUAUCUUCUACAGGGACCUGAUCACAUUAUCAAUACUCUCAGACGAUUGCCACCGACUUAUCACGAUUACAAGACAUUUUCCAUUGAUGUCAUGCAUCAGGGAGAUAAUCAUUUGGUUGUCACCAUUCAUGGACUUUUUUUCUAUAGAGAGUUUCCCAUUUCUUUGAUGUUUGCUAGGACUUUCAUUAUUGUUGAGAAGGAUGAUAAUGAGUAUCGGAUUGUUAAUGAUCAGUAUCACAUUCAGAGUGGUAACUCCAUUAUGAUGGAGAAUAAUGACUCGAAAUUGAGUUUGAAUGCAGUACCAACGUUUGAGCCUACUUAUCUCAGUAAUAAUGAGAAGGACGAUCUUCUCAAAUUUUUGUGCAAUGUUACUACUAUGAAUUCACGAUAUGGAGAGCAAUUCUUGGAGAAGAAUAAUUGGGAUCUACGAGCUGCUAUUGUCGCUUUUAAGAAGGCGUAUACUGUCAAUGAUGUGCCUCCUGAGGCUUUCAAACCGGUUUACUGAUAUUGAAGGGAAAUUUUUUUUGAGAGACUCCAUACUGUAAAUAAUAUUUCACGUGAGGCUUUCCAAUCAACUUACUGAUAUUAAACGAAACUAGUGAUUGUAAUUUGAAGGGAGAGAUAGAACGGAA